AUGGGAACUGACGAGUCCCGUUAUGGUCGGACAGAAACGUUCUACAGGCCCCAGCCGUCCAGUGAUGCUGGGAAAGCACUGGUAUUCAUCCAUGGAGGCGCUUGGAUUGACGAAGCAUGCACUCCCACGGUCUUCAAGCAGCUAUCUGCUCUUCUGGCACAUCGUUCCGAACAAGAGUUGGCAUACUCUCUCUUCAGCAUUGACUACCGCCUCUCGCCAAAUGUUCGCCACCCCGUUCAUGUGCAAGACGUUGUGGAGAACCUUUACAGGCUGGUCGAGGACCAUCGGUUGACUUCCUUGCAACUUGUGGGCCACUCAGUUGGCGCAACGCUAGCAUGGCAAACUGCAGUGGCUGAUGAGAGCCUUUUUCCGUCGUUGGACAGGCUGAACACUGUCAGAUCGAGACUACAGGGUGUUUUUAUGGUAGAUGGAAUCUACUCACUGGCACAGCUUCUAGAUGAGUACCCAAACUACGAUUACUUCGUCUCCCAAGCUUUCGCGGACUAUACUAGAGACUUCGAAGAGUUUGAGCAAUCAACUGAUAGGUUGCCUGAGACCUUGAGACAUAUACAUCUCAUCCACUCGUAUGGCGAUGAAUUACUAUCGCUUCGGCAAUCCAAUUACAUGUCGUCCGUGUUGCAGAAGGCUAGAAUAUCGUUCAGCAGCUACUUUGACGACAUGGGACUGCAUGACGAAGUGCCUAGGAAUGCAAAAUUGGCCAACUAUCUAUUACAUAACGUUAAAUUCGCUUGA